AUGGACGGGAGUCUAGGAGAGAUGUCGCUGCACGGCCACGCCGAGCUGCACUCGCGGGACCUCUCGGCCGCCUUUCCCCGGCCCCCUCUGGGUGGCGGCCCCCUUCUGGAACCCGAGGCGCGGGCUCCUCCGCCCGCCUUCGAGCACUCCAUGUCGGCACUGGGCUACAGCGGCGACUCCCCGUCCGGGUCGGGCAGCACCUACACCACGUUGACCCCCUUGCAGCCCUUCGACGACAAGUUCCACCACCACCACCACCACCACCACCCCUGCCUCCCCGUCAGCAAUGUCAUCGGGAGUUUCACGCUAAUGCGCGAGGAGCGAGCCGGCCUUCCCCACAACUUCUACAAUCCCUACGCCAAAGACCUCGGCAUGACCCAGAGUCUGACGCCACCCUCCUCUGGCUUGGGGUCCAUGCACAGCUACGGGAACCCCAAUGGGGGCGGCGGCGGAGGAGGCAGUAGUGGACAGAUGCUCCACGGUGGCUACGACGUCCACGGCGGGAGCCUGUUCUGCAGGACGUCGGACUUUGCUCGAGAGAUGUCGCCCCCGGGACUGGGCGCCGGCGACAUGUCCAUGGGGCACCAGCUGAACAAAAUGGACGGGGCGGGCCACCACCCUCACAUCUACAGCCAGCACUACCAGGCGCACCACCACCCCAGUCAGCAGGCCGCCAAGAUCGUUGACCACCUGCAUUCCCUGUCGUCUUCCCCGGGGGACGGCGCCCCAGGUGGCGGGUCCCCAGGCGGAGGCGGCGGCGGCGGCGGGGAGGAGAUCAACACCCGUGACGUGGCUCAGAGGAUCAUCACAGAGCUGAAGAGGUACAGCAUCCCGCAGGCCAUCUUCGCCGAGCGCGUCCUGUGCCGCUCGCAGGGGACGCUCUCCGACCUCCUGAGGAACCCCAAACCCUGGGCCAAGCUCAAGUCCGGACGGGAGACCUUCAAGAGGAUGUUGCGAUGGCUGCAGGAACCCGAGUUCCAGAGGAUGGCUUCGCUCCGCCUGGAGGCUUGCAAACGAAAGGAGCAGGAGCAGAGCAAACUGGAGCGGAACCAGGGGCCCAAGCGGACCCGGCUGGUGUUCACCGAUCUCCAACGCCGCACACUGUUGGCCAUCUUCCGGGAGAACCACCGGCCCACCAAGGACCUGCAGGUGACCAUCUCGCAGCAGCUGGGCUUGGAGCUCUCCACCGUCAGCAACUUCUUCAUGAACGCACGCCGCCGCAACCUCAACAAGUGGAGCGACGAGGGCCGCCCGUCUUCCACCGGGUCUUCGGGAUCCAGCGCCUCGUCCUCGGCGGUAUCCUGCAGCACGGCGUGA